AUGGCCGCCGGUGAUACGCAGCGCGCCUGCGACGAUUACCAUGUUGCCUGGAUCUGCGCCGUUGCUGACCUCGAGCUGCUGCCUGCCCGCCUGAUGCUUGACAAGGAGCUCCCCACCCCGCCCUAUAACACCCACUACGACGAGAACACGUACAUCUGCGGCUUGAUUAAUGGCCAUGCGGUGGUCAUCGCGACCUGUCCGAGGGGUGAGACAGGCAACGUCAACAGUGGGCGCCUGACGGGGUCUAUGUUCAAGACGUUUCGCAACAUUCGCAUGGCGGUGCUCGUGGGCAUCGGGGGUGGUAUCCCCAGCCCAGUAGUCUCAGAGGAGUCACUUGAAAAUAUCCACCUUGGAGAUGUAGUGGUGGGAUGGUCUGGUGAUGGCAAGCCAGCGUGCGUAUACCACGACCGCGGCAGAUCAAAGGUCAAUGGGCAGUUUGAAAUUGUGGGUACGAUGCAGAACCCUGACUGGAGGCUCACCAACGCGCUUGAUGUGCUCGUGUGUGACCACGAGCUGGGCAAGACAACGUUUGCUAAACAGCUUGUGAGGCUGCAGCAUUACAAGAAGUUUGCCUACCCUGGCGCUGAGCAUGACAGGCUGUUCAAGGCUGACUAUCCCCACAAUGGCGACAAUACAUCAAGGUGCGCGACGUGCUGCGAUCAGAGUGAGCUCGUCAGGCGCCCAGAACGGGGUAGAGAGGACCAGCAAACGCUUGUCUUCCAUUGCGGCAGGAUUGCUACAGGUAACGCGGUGAUCAAGGAUGGCAAGCUGCGGGACCAGAUUAGGGCGCGAUGUGAUGGGGCGCUCUGCGUGGAGAUGGAGGCAGCAGGCGUUGACGUCAACCGACGGUGUCUGGUGGUUCGCGGCAUCUCUGACUAUGCCGACUCGCACAAGAGCGAUGUGUGGCAGUCGCACGCUGCGGGCAACGCCGCUGCAUUCACGCGCGAGCUGCUGUGCCGAGUCCAACUAGACUACGACCAAACACUCCUCAACUCAGUAGGCAAUUCCGACGCCCCACGCGUUGUAUCAAACGACAACGAAAACAAAACGGGCAAAGAAGAAUAUCGCGCUGAGAUCGACAGCAUCUUAGAUUUCUUCGCGCCAGAAGUCUUGCCUGAGGAUGCUUUACUUGUGAUCCAAUCUUUCGCCAAUCGCGAUCCUACCCAAAUCACUGAAUACCAUCCAAACGUCAAGACAAGUUUACUUGCCUGGUCUUUACGCGAACGCUCAUCGGUCUUGGUUGUUCAGGCAGACAUAUGUGCGCAGAAUAAAUUAAGAAAUUUUGCAGUGCACGAAAUCAGGAACCUUCAGGCAAAGAAGGCUCAAUCGGUUUUGUGGAAUUUGUCCCCGGCGGUCGCUUCAGUACAUACUGCAACUAUGGAAAGCGUCCUCAAGAGCAUCGUUUACCAGAUGUUGCUGCAGGCUCGUGAUGUAGCAGCUAGGUUCGCCGAGACUUUGAGGCUUUCAGAGAUCCAGGAUUACCAUCACGAAAAGGACUGGAUCAAUUUGAUCAGUCUGCUUAUCUCUAAAAGCCGCAAGAUGACGUACUUGAUAGUCGAAACUGGAGACUUGCACCGCCUACACGGCUAUGCUGCGAAUUCGCAGUGGACCAAAUAUCUUCUUGGUCUGUUCCAGACUUUGGUCGUUCGAUGUGAAGUGGCUGGUGGCCGAGUUCAGGUUCUACUUGCUGUUUAUGACAACACAGAAGAUGUCAAAACAUACAUCGAUGAAGAGGAUCACAUGGUUCUAGUCCCAUUUUCGUAAUCUCGUGCAGUGCCUUGGCUGCCGAUUUACAACGCAUGGACUGUGG